AAAGCCCAAUCAACACUCACCGCCUCAUAUUUAUUUCACAAGCCUCAUCUCAGUCCCUCUGUUCGAACUAAACCCUAGAGAGAGAGAGAGAGAGAGGAGAGAGAGCCGCCGAUCUCACGUUCAGCAAUCAUGACGUUCAAACGCAGGAACGGUGGGCGCAACAAGCACGGCCGUGGCCACGUCAACCCCAUUCGUUGCUCUAACUGUGGAAAAUGCUGCCCUAAGGAUAAGGCAAUCAAGAGGUUUCUUGUGAGGAACAUUGUGGAGCAAGCUGCUGUCAGGGAUGUUCAAGAGGCCUGUGCUUUUGAUACCUACACCCUUCCCAAAUUGUAUCUUAAGAUGCAGUAUUGUGUGUCAUGCGCAAUCCACUCCAAAGUGGUCAGGGUCCGCUCCCGUACUGAUAGGAGGAACCGUGAACCCCCAAAGCGAUUUACUCGCCCAAGGGAUGACCUCCCCAAACCAGGCCAACCACCAAGAGCUCCUGGAGCACCUGCCCCUCCCCGAGUUUAAGUUUUUUCUCACUAUUUAUACUUCCUUCUAGCUCGAGACUUAGAAUUGAUGGAUUACAACUGUCCUUCCAUUUCUGAAGUUUAGACCUUUCAAAUUUUUGUUUCAAUUUUGUUUGUGUUGGAAGUAUGAAAAGCAUUGAGUUUUGAAUUAUAUUUAAGAAUGUCACUGUCAGUUUUGUGCA